CCACGCACAGAGAGAUUCAAACAAAAUAGGAUCUUUAAAAGAAAACCCAGAAAUAGAAUCCCAAAAUUGACUAAAACCUCAAAUCAAAAAACAAGACUUUAACACUUCUCUCUGUCUCCCCUCCCACAUCCAUGAAGUAGCUUUUCUCUCUCGAGAGAGAGAUGGGUAGCCUCGGAUGCGACGCCCACGGCGUCUUGAACGACGCGGAGUUCAGCAAACCCAUGCCUUCGAUCGGUCUAUACGUAGCCUCAGCUUCACUCCUCUGCUCGCUAGCCAUGGCCGCCGACCUCCUCCGCGGCUUCCGUCACCGGAAGUUCUGGUUCCCCUGCAAGUACUUCUCCCUCAACGCGACUUCCCUCACUUUCAUCGCCGUCGGGAUCAAACUCUCCGUCGAUCUCAACACCUCCAUGCCUAGCCGCCACGACCAGCUCUCCAAGCUCAGCAGCAGCGUCUUCGUCUGCACGGUGAUGGGCAACUCGAUGCCUUCGCUGGGUAUAAUGGAGGACAGAGAUCUUUUAACGAAUCUCGUCGCUUUAGCGAUCCUCGUGGUUACAGAUGUCGUCAACAUCUGUAUACAGUUAGGUACAGGUGCUAUCUACGUGUUCAAAGAGGAACACUUUGUUGUGGUCCUUCUCAUGCUUCUUAUGUUAAUGAUUAUGAGUUUCUCCGCGACUACUGUCCCCACCACGAAGAGGAUCUUGGAGACUAAGUACAAGAAGAAGUACGAGGUGGCGUUGAAGUGUCCUUUGGCUACGGAGAGGAUUACGGUAGCUAAGAAGAUUCAGGGAGAUUUGUCAAAGUUCUGGAUGAUGGCUCACACUAGUAGUCCUCAGUUCGUGAUGGCACGUUCCGUCACGUGCACUGCUUCUGGCUUCUUCUGUCUUUUAAGCGCCGUUACGUUGGGUGAAGCUGUGGCUCGUUCUUACUUGUUGAGUCAGAGGUCAUCGUCGCUUAGGUUCUGUGAUGGAGAUUCUGAUUAUAAAUGGUCGACCUCUCUGGUUCUCGUUUGUCAGGCUAGCGCUGUAGCCGUAGGGACUGUUGCUCCUGCGAUCAGAUGGUUCACUGCUGUCAAAUUCAGGUGUCCGAUUAGAGGGAAUAGGAGCUAUAGAGACGAGUUUAGAGUGGAGAGUUACUGGACGCAGUGGUUCUCCGAGAAGAAACAACGUCCCUUGAGCAGCCUUUGGAUACUCAAAGAUCGCAGCUGCAGGAAGACCGCGCACGACGCGAAACGCUGGUUGUUGGAUGUAUGCAUAGGGGUGCAGUAUGUGAUAGUGUUUGCAAGCAAGAUCAUCCGUUACAUCUCUGUCUACUGCGUGAGUAGAAUCUUGCUUUGCUUUCAUUUGGCGUUCAGAGCAACGGGUAGAAGUACCGUCUCUCAUGUUGACUCUGAGAUGUCUGGUGGUUCGAGACAGGAGCUGGGGAGCUAUGUACUGCAUCUCGAAGGAGAGGACGAGCUGGUGGAUUUGAUGGUGAGGAGCAACAGGGAGGCGACUGAGCAUUGGGUGAAGAAGGGUAGAAAGAACCAGCCGGUGAAUCUGAUAGAGCUUUUGGAAGCGACGACGGAGAUUUCGAAAGGAUUCGAAGGGAUUAGAGAGUUUGACAGCAAUGAGGUGGCUUCUCUUGCACCAUCUGGAGAGCAGCCGCCUAACUGCUGGGCUCUCCCGCUUGUGACAAUGACAACCAUAGCUUUAGCUCUUCCCGAUGUCAAGCCUUGCUCCGUCCAGAAGCUGCUCAAUGCUGUCAAUGAGGCAUUGGACUCUGUUAACAAGUUUGAAUGCGUCUUAGAUACGGGAGGACAGUUAGGUAACCUCAGGAACGCUGCUGAGGUGGUUUGGCUAGGUGUUGAUCUCUACCAUAAGUGGUUCGAUGUGGAUCUUAGGAAACUAUCCAAGCAGCAGAGAAGUCCUGAAGAAACGAUUAGGGAGCUGGCGGAAGCGGCGAAGAAAGAGUUUUCAGAGUCGUGGCAGAUGAACCUGAUGGUGUGUAUGAAGCACAGGCCCUCUCAUUGGCCCAUCAAGACUCUAGCUGCCAACUCCAUGUACCGAAUCUGUCAAACCAUUCUUCUAAACUACGAAACGAGAGACUACGGAACAGGGGAAGCUCUGUUGAGAAAGCUUGAAACCACAAUCUCUGACAUAGUUUCAGGCUGUUUUUGCAACGUGGUGCAAGUGGUAUCGGUCAAGUGUUUGGUAACGGCUGUAGAAGUGAGGGAAGAGUCGGUGAGAGGAGCGGCUCUGCAUCUCGGUAGAACAGAGAAGAUUCUUGAGAUUGUAGAGAGGAGACGGUUACCUGAACUGAGAUGUGAUCAGAUGAAGAACAUUGAUGAAUGGAGAGCAUUCUACAAGAUGAACUCUUCUGACUGUAAUAGCAGCAAGACAGUUUGUUCCGACUCAAAUGAAGUGUGCAUCACUGUUGACUAAUUUGUAAAAAAAAAAACUGUUUGUAGAGAGAUGCAUGUUUAUGACUGUCGUUGGUGUGAUGCACUUCGCAUGUGAUAAUGAUAUGUAGCACUUUGCGUUGAAAUGUAACAAUAUGCUUUUCAAGAAUGUCUUUGUUGUUUGUUCCAAAA